GCGAACUAGAAAUAUUCAUCAGCUCAACAGUCAAUAGAACAACAUCUAGCUUUAGGCCUCCAAACCUGACCAAAAGACAAGCGCCCCAUCGAGGCAACCAUGUCCCAGCUCACGAGGCUCAUUGGGCAUGGUGCACAGCAGCGCCCAGUUGCUCGGCUUUUGUCGCAUAGCUUUACUACGAAAUCAAACGCAAGAUGCCUUUUCGAUGGUAUCAUCUGGAGCCGGAGAAACCGCGACCUGGCACCUCCCCAGUGGACGACAACGGCAGCCACACGAUAUCUUCCAAGCCCGUGGCUGUUCACAAGAAAAAGAUGCCUUAGCCACAAGUCCGCACAGCCGACCCCAGCACCAGUUGCCACCAACAACUCAGAUAUCAAGGCUUCUUCCACAAUGGCCACCGACCUCUUUGGGGAUGCAGCCAACAUGGGGCUGUUCGCAAGGUUCAAGCACAUGUACAAGCAGUAUUGGUAUGUGCUGAUCCCGGUCCAUUGCGUAACCUCGGUCGGCUGGUUCGGCGGCUUCUACUAUCUUUCGAAGUGCGGAGUGGAUGUGCCAUCGCUGCUGCAGUACAUGCAUCUUAGCGAGACCAUUAUUGAAAGGGCCCAGUCUUCCGAUAUGGGACACUAUGCCAUCGCUUUUCUGUGCUAUAAAGUGGCCACUCCCUUACGAUACGCUCUCACAUUGGGCGGCACCACGGUGUCCAUCAGGUAUCUGGUGCAAUGGGGCCUUAUCAAGCCGAUUCCCACCAAGAACGAACUGAUUAAGAAGUACGAGGAAAAGAAGGCAACGCGCGCUAGUGCCAAGGCGGCAAAGAACAAAAAAGAUGGGACCAAAUGAUCAUUUGACAAUGGCAAUACUGCCCUCUGGCACCACGC